UGCUCUGUGGCCAGCGGACCAGUGUUGGCGCGACUUUCAAGAGCGAAGCACGUGUUGGUGAAAGUAGAAAUCGGCGCGAAAGCAUCGCGAGUGAUUUGUGUUGUGUUGUGUCUGUGCUACAGGAUCUUGUAAAUCUGGAGCGAUACGUUUCUUUUAGGAGAUUUCGUCUGUGUGAUGCAGCGAUGUCGACGGCGGUGAGGACGGCGCUGCUCUGCGCUGCCUUGCUCUGUUUCCAGCAAGUAAGCGCCGAGCUAAGAGGAAGGUGUCCAGCUCAGGAAAGCUCAUGUUCAGCAAGAGCAACCCCGUGCAGCAAUGACGAUGAAUGUGGCGAACAGAUUUGUUGCAACACGUCAUGUGGACAAGCCUGCGUAGACCCACUUUAUACUGGUUGUGAAAACAUAAAGCUGUCAUCAGAACGGAUUUCCCGCGCUCUCGCAGUUGAAAAUACUCGAAGCGGACGAAGGAUAAAAUCCCUGAGAUCGCCUAGAUGCAGAGCGGCGGAUGGGGAAUUCGAAGAGAUUCAGUGUGAUAAUGAAAUUGUAAGCUCCUGCUGGUGCGUUGAUCCCACUGGAUUUGAGGUUCCUGGAACUCGUGCGCCCGCGGCUGCUCUAGUAAACUGCACUCGUACAGCAUCAUGCGCUGCCCACACUUGCCGGAUGCUCUGCCCACUUGGAUUCGAACUCGACGCCCACGGUUGCCCUCUCUGCAAAUGUCGAGAUCCCUGCUCAUCUGUCACGUGUCCAGGGUCUCUAUCCUGCCAACUAGAGGAGACUCCCUGUCUCCGCCCGCCCUGCCCACCAGUCCCUACUUGUAAAAGAGGACGUAGCCUCCAAAAUAUAUGCCCAGUGGGAGAGCCUUUAUUAAUAUCCGAAACGAGUAGGCCUUUCCUCUGCGGGACUGAUCCAGGAAAACCGAACUGUCCCCCACUCUACCGGUGUUUGGUUGAAUCAGGAAACGACUAUGGCGUCUGCUGCCCUGCUUCCUUAGAACUACAAAAAGCCGGUACUUGUCCAGCUCCUUCUACCAAAGAGUUGGACUGCGGUACGCCAUGUGCUCAUGACCUCGAAUGUCCUUCAAUGCAAAAGUGCUGCGACGGAGGGGAAUGUGGAAGACAUUGCACUUUACCCCACAAUGUUACGAUGUGCACCCAGCAAAAGAUGCUGGCAGAGUUAUUGGUUGUAAGCGAGAAGGAAGGCAGGGGAUAUGUCCCUCAAUGUAUGCCUGAUGGUAGCUUCUUUUCAAAGCAGUGCUCACGGAAUGGAUUAGUUUGCUGGUGUGUAGACUCCGAAGGUAACAAACUACGAGGUUCUAUGGGGCCAUCAGCGUCAGUCCAAUGUUCUGCUACUCCCCGUCCGGCAAGAUCAGGAGCCAGGAGCCUUAAUAGCUGCGCCAGGUCACUAUGCGCAGGAGUAUGUGAAUAUGGAUACAAGACUGGUACAGAUGGAUGUCCGACCUGUGAAUGUGAUGACCCCUGCGCAGGCUACCCUUGUGGAGACGACGAAGAGUGUGUGAGAGUGAGGGACGCAGACUGUACGGGAGAUUUCUGUACUGGAUAUCCUGUGUGUCGGCCAAGGAUAUCAUAUGAAAACCCGUGCGAAGUUGGAGUCCCAAUCACCGACGAAGAGGGAUCCGUAAUAUCCUGUGGCUCUGAACAGGACUGUCCUUCUGGUCACAUCUGUUCUAUGACCAGGAGGAAUGGUGGUUCUGUCUGCUGUCCAGAUGUAACAGCUGAUAAUUCCACGGAGAGCGAAGUUAUUGAGAUUAACUUCGAGACCUGUGGACCUGAAGCUGAAGCCGUGUGCAGUAUUAACUCAACAAGCCCGUGUUUGGAUGGUAACUGUGAUGAUGGAAUGCUGUGCUGUUCAACUUCAAAUUGCGGACCCAUUUGUAUUGACUCUGAUAAAAUCAGGCUACAGACAGACAGACUGGAUGAUAUCCCAACUAUGUGUGAAUACCUACGUGACUUCGACGAAAAGAUGGAGGGUACAGUAGAUGGCAUGAAACUGGCUUUACCAGCGCCAAGCUGCAAACCUGACGGAUCCUUUACAUCACAACAAUGUGCACAAGGAAGGUGUUGGUGUGUGGACUCUUUCGGCACUGAGAUACCUGACACCUCAAGUACCAACUCUUCUGCUUUGGAUUGUGAUAAAAUUCGCUCCGACCUGUCCUGCCUUGACCUAACUUGCCGUAUGGGCUGUGACUAUGGGUUCGAGAUCGGUUCCAAUAAGUGCCCAACGUGUCGGUGUCGCGAUCCAUGCGCGGGAGUGACAUGUCCUCAGGGUCGGGCUUGCGCACUUGUUGACGUGGCCUGUGACGCCGAUUACUGUCCGCCUGUACCUGCGUGUCUCCCUCGCAAAAGUGGGCAAUGUCCAUAUCUUGUACCAUGGACGGGUGCAUGCGAAUGGGCGUGUCGGUCUGACAACGAAUGCGGCGAAGAUCAAAGGUGUUGUGCGACGGGAUGCGGCACAGCUUGCACAUCUGUUGUACAUCAUACUGCUUGUCAGCAGCGAAGAGCGCUAGCUUUACACAAAUCAGCUGAAAGUGGGAGUCCCCCAGUGUGGAGUUGGGUUCCGGAGUGUACUGAGGAUGGAUCAUACGAACGAGUCCAAUGCAAAGGUUCUGAAAAAACCUGUUGGUGUGUGGAUACCAUGGGCAACGAGAUAGCCGGAACACGCGUAUCAAACUCCACCCCACCAUGUGAUGCCCCAGUCGAAUGUCCAUUGCCCCACUGCGAACACGACGACGUGUGUACCCAUGGGAGAGUGUUGGAUGCCAGGGGAUGUCCCACCUGCACCUGCAGAGACCCUUGCGCCGAAGCUAAGUGUAGGGAUGAUGAGACCUGCGACCUGGUUCCAGUGGAUUGCGAGGGAGAGUCAUGCCCGCCAUUAGUUAGAUGUUCUCCAUCUCCUCAAUGCCCGGAAGGAGAACCCUUAUCAGCCCCUGAUGGUUCUGGAGUUCUCCUCUGCGGUCCUAGCGCUGCGGCCUGCCCUUCCACUCAUGCAUGCCGCUUCGCUCCUCACGAUUCUAGACCUUCAGUGUGCUGUCCUAAACCACGAACUGUAUGUUUCGAAAACAAAGACGAAGGAGAUUGUCCGGAUGGCAAAGGUUUGAACACGACAAGAUGGUAUUUCCACCACGAGAGAAAUCGGUGCGAAAGGUUCAAAUACAACGGCUGUUCUGGCACACACAAUAACUUCCGCACUAAGGAAGAAUGUAACGCAGUCUGCCCUGUGAAGGGAGAGCCAGAAAAUAAUAGCCAAAAGAAGAUUGGACCUAAAUUAAUUGAACAAAAAGUUCUAAGUCCAUGCGAGCGUCUACGAGAGAAAAACGAAGCGGCGUCACAAAAGUACGGUAAAGGCACCUUCAUACCCAAGUGUGACGUGUCUGGCGCUUGGGAACCAGUGCAGUGCAUGUCGCAUAUUGAUGUAUGUUGGUGUGUAAACGGUCGCGGUGAGCCUCAAAAGGGGUCAUUAGUGCGCGGCGCGAAGCCGACCUGCAACUUCCGGCAGGCCCGGAAGUGGGUUAGACGAGAUCCGCUUGACGAAAGAGCAAGGGCUGACGAAGUGCUAGAAGAGCUAAUACGACAGAUGACAACAUAUCGAAUAGAUGACUUCAACGACGACAUAGAAGACUUUGACAGCAAUGAGCUAUUAGACCAGAAUGACGAACCAGCUUCCACUGAAUCUGAAGACACUUCAGUUCUAACGGAGGCCGUCGAACCAAGAAUUGCACAGACAACGAAAAAAGAUGUACCGAUAGUUGUGAGAGAACGACCCGUAUUUAAGACCAAAUGUCAAAUGAUGCAGGAAGAGAUAGAGAAUGGUGGCGAGGGCUGGAAUCCUAGAUGCAUGUCAGACGGAUCAUUUUCGCCACGGCAAUGUUCGCGCGGUCGUUGCUGGUGUGUCGAUGCGGCCGGACAACGUCGGCCUUCAAAUAAUUUAAUAACUGACUUAUCUGAUUCCGAUCCUUGUGAAAUUACACAAAUAGAGUCUGCUCUCCUUGAACUCGAGCUCAUUGGAGCUGACAAUGCUGCUGGCGAAAGAGCUCGUUCGACCCUAUCUUCCCAUCUAACGUCUCUUGGUGCACGCGUUCCGGUAACAAUCGUAAAAGAACGCAACGCCAUUAAGCUGCGUGCUUUGUUGCCGGGCCCAAGAUCAGCUGAUUUAGUAUACCAUUUGGAAUCUAUGGUGAAACAAGAAAAGAUGGAAGGCCUUAAAACAGGCGAUGGUGUUCUUGGCGCUGAUGUUAUACGAAGCGAAUACCGUCUUGCUGCAACUCCACCUUCACCCGCCAUGCAAAGGGAGAUUGUAAGCGAGUCGACUGUAUCUGCAGCUACAUCUUAUCACACAGCGUUAAUCGUUCUGGCAGCUACAUCUGCCUUUAUUAUAAGCGUCCUUUGUGUACUUGUAAUGUUGUAUCGAGCCCGACUACAAAGAGAACCCCAUAAAGCAGAAAGGUUUCUACCCGCAGCACCACCUGUAUAUGUCCUCUCAGCUGACGAGAAGGCGGAACUUGCGAGGGUACUUCAUGCACCUCCGACCAACGAUGACCAUUCCAGAGUAUAAAAUUGAUAGGUUAUCGAAAGGGCUAUGAGACUUUCAAUGGCUUUAAGUCAAUGUAAUAUAUUUAUAUUUUAAAAAAUCUAUCGACUUCGUGCCUAUCAAAUACGGUUUAAGUAUCAUAGGGUCCAAUUGGCUGUUUCAUACCUGAUAGAUAUUCCUAUAGAUUUAUUUAAAAAAUCCAAAUAUUGUUUGUAUUCUUUUUUAUUUCACCUUAUAAUAAUAGUUAAAUUUUGUAUUUGUCUUCAGAAAAUAUCACAUCAUUGUACUUUAGGCACAAAGCUAGUUUCAAUCUUCCAUUUGAUUAUAAGGGAUGACUUCAUAAAGGCUGCAAAGGAAGCUAUAAUAAGUGUUGGUAUUAUAUAAAUAAGUUAGAGUAAGUUAUAUAAGCGAAUCGGCGUGCGUCGGUUAAACUCGAUUAUUUCGACGAACGUCCUUACGCCCUUAAUUUAGUUUCGUCAAGUUUUCCUCUUAAAUUUUAAAUUAAAAAUAAAAUGAUACUACUAAAUUUACUAUAUAAUUUCUUGAAAGUCUUUGAAUAUUUAUAGAGCAAGACUUGGCGUUUAACUAAUCUAGUCUAUUUCUCUUUACACAAAAUGUCUUUCCUGUUUGUACAGAAUAUCUUAUAAUACCUUGUAUAGGCUUUAAAAUGGUGGGAAAUUCAUUUUUAAAAAUAUACUACAUGUAAGGAAAAUUAAAUACGAAGAGUCAUCACUUAAAUACCAAUAUGAUAAGCAAUGACUGAUACGGUGGGAGAUCUUUCGAAAAUUCCAUAUCUAUUAAAUUUUCAUUAUAAGGUAAAGAAGAAAUAAGAUAUCUGCUAGUAUUUAUGACUCUAAGCAUCUGAUUAUAUUUCAUUAAUGCUAAAUACAUUUUUAAACAUUCUUAAAUCAAAAAUUUAAUAAUCUGCCGUAGAGAAUUGUACCUAUUUUAAUGCUUUAACAUUUAAUUUAACAAAAUAUUAUAUAUUAUUUUAUUCAAUUCAUUAUACUUUGAUUUUAUAUGCAUGCAACUGUUUAGUUUUAUUGUAAAUAAAAUAUUUUAUUAAAAAUUUCUAUUUUUAAAUGUUCUAUUACAAUAUAGGUAUUGCAGCUUUAGAAGAAAAUGAUGCAGUAAUAAUAAUAUUCACAAUACUUGUAUUUCUACAGGCAAUCUUGAUAUUCUUUUUAUUUUAAUUGCGCGAAUUUUAUUUGUUAUAGAAUUUAAAAUACGUUAGCAAGCUAAUAUUAUUGUGUUGUUUCAUUAAGUAAAAUAAAAAUUUGGAAAAGAAAGU